AUGUUUUUGGCUGCCAUGUGCUUUGUGUUCUUUGCCAAAGCCUUUCAGGGAAGCUACAUGAAGAGCUCCGUCACGCAGAUCGAGAGGCGUUUUGACGUCCCCAGCUCACUAAUCGGAUUCAUCGAUGGAAGUUUUGAAAUCGGUAAUCUGUUUGUAAUAGCUUUCGUGAGUUACUUUGGUGCUAAGCUUCACAGGCCGCGGCUGAUAGCAGCUGGAUGUUUAGUCAUGUCUGCAGGAUCCUUCAUAACAGCGAUGCCCCAUUUCUUCCAAGGACAGUACAAAUACGAGUCAACGAUUUCUCAUUUCUCGGCCUCAGCGAAUGGUACAGAGAAUAUUCUGCCGUGCCUUACAAAUGCAAGUCUUGCACAAGAUAAUGAAAUUCCUACAGCGGAGUCUCAAGCAGAGUGCGAAAAAGCGUCCAGCUCCUCCCUGUGGUGGUUUGUGUUUCUGGGAAACAUGCUUCGUGGGGUUGGAGAGACGCCCGUCAUGCCUCUCGGCUUGUCCUACCUGGAUGAUUUUUCAAGAGAGGAAAACACUGCUUUUUACCUGGCUCUCAUUCAGACGGUGGGAAUAAUGGGACCGAUGUUUGGAUUCAUGCUGGGCUCGUUCUGUGCCAAGCUCUAUGUGGACAUUGGAACGGCGGACUUAGAUGCCAUCACCAUCAACUAUAAAGACUCGCGUUGGGUCGGCGCCUGGUGGCUGGGCUUCUUGAUAACCGGUGGAGUGAUGCUGCUGGCCGGAAUCCCAUUUUGGUUUCUUCCCAAGUCUCUGACCAGACAGGGAGAGCCUGACAGUGAGAAGAAAUCGGGUGUUCCAGAAGGAGGAGAGCAGGAGCGCUUCAUUCCUGACAACAACAAACACAAUCCUCCCGCCAGCAAACCGGCGCCGGUCACCAUGUCAGCCCUGGCUAAAGAUUUUCUGCCAUCACUGAAGAAACUCUUCAGCAACACGAUCUACGUGCUCCUCGUUUGUACCGGUUUGAUACAAGUGAGUGGUUUUAUCGGGAUGAUCACGUUCAAGCCGAAGUUCAUGGAGCAAGUUUACGGCCAAUCAGCAUCAAGAGCGAUAUUCCUGAUAGGUAUUAUGAAUCUACCAGCCGUGGCCCUGGGAAUCGUCACUGGAGGGUUUAUAAUGAAGAGAUUUAAGCUGAAUGUUCUCGGAGCGGCCAAGAUCUGCAUCGUGGCAUCGGUUCUGGCUUUCUGUUCAAUGCUCAUCCAGUAUUUCCUACAGUGUGACAACUCACAAGUGGCUGGACUUACAGUCACAUACCAAGGGGCUCCAGAAGUGUCGUACCAGAAGGAAACGCUCAUCUCUCAGUGCAACAUUGGCUGCUCUUGCUCUCUAAAGCACUGGGAUCCCAUAUGUGCCAGCAAUGGUGUGACCUACACCUCCCCCUGCCUCGCUGGCUGCCAGACCUCCACCGGGAUCGGAAAGGACAUGGUUUUCCACAACUGCAGCUGUAUUGGAGAAGCUCUUCUUCCAUACACGAACAUGUCGGCAGUGUUGGGUCAGUGCCCGCGCAAGAGUGACUGCGACUUCAUGUUCAAGAUCUACAUGUCGGUGACGGUCAUCGGCGCCUUUUUCUCGGCUGUCGGAGCCACACCGGGUUACAUUAUUCUGCUCAGAUCCAUCACACCAGAACUGAAGUCUUUGGCUCUCGGUAUGCACACCUUGAUUGUUCGGACUCUGGGUGGGAUUCCCCCGCCGAUAUAUUUCGGAGCCUUGAUUGACAAGACCUGUCUGAAAUGGGGUCUAAAACAAUGCGGAGGCAGAGGAGCAUGUCGAAUCUACGACUCCGGAGCCUUCAGGAAUGCUUUUUUGGGGUUAAUUUAUGCCCUGUACAGCGCAUCCUACCUGCUGCUUGGACUUCUUUACAACAGACUGUCUCAUCGAGAAAAGAAGCAAGCGCUAAAGGACCAGUUGAAAGCUCCAGAACCGGACAGCUGUGGUGUGUCAACCACCAAUGGAAAUGCGUCUUCAGCGAUUGUAAAAUGUGAAAAUCCAGACCAGGAGACCACCAUCUGAAGUUAUGCUUCCAGUUUUAAUAAGUCUUUCAGACGAAAACAAACCAAACAAUAGAAACCAUUUUAGUAUUCUAAUGUUUAUAUAGAAAUCGCAUUGGUUUUAAUAAAAGCUCUUCUAUUAUAUGUCCAACGAUACUCUAGAAAUCAUCAAAUAGUACACUGUAAAGUUGACUCAACUUCAAAAAAGCUGUCCAGCAACUUGCCUUACAAUUAGAAGUUGAGCCAACUUUUUCUACAGCGUUUUUACUGUCAUAACGGUCAAAAAUGAAUGGUGGAAACCGUUCUGUUAUGGUUUAUAUAUGUAUUUCUUUCCCCAACAGGGAAAUGUGUGUAUUAAACCGAAGAUAUAGAGUGUUAGAGAAGUUUUAACUCCCAUAUCUAAGUUCAUAGUUAUAAAAUUGUGUUAAUUUGUACAUUUAAUGAAAAUAGCAUUCGAUUGCUAGAUUUUCUACAGGACAGUAAGUACACCCUCACCUUCACUUCUUUCCUAUAGGUCGAAUACAUUUAUGUGUACUAUUAUUUACACAACGGAUGACAUGACAACCAACGACUACACUUAAACUAGUAAGAAAGUAUUAUACGCAAAGAAAACACACAAUACAUUGUUACGUAGAAUCACUGUUAUGGUGGCAGGUCAUUGUGAACGAUGAUAAUAUAUAUCGCGGUCACAUUUAUCGUCAUUCCUUUUUAUAUAUAUAUAUAUAUAUAUGCUGCACUGUUUUGUAAAACAUUUCUGGAUGGAAUAAAAUUUUACAUGUGAAGCUGUAAAUAAAGCACAACAUGUCAUACAAUGAUUUUCGCAGGACAUUCUCAGUCAAUUUCAGUCCCGAUUCGUCAAUAUUGUCAUAUUGUCGUUCCCUUUUUUUAACGGUUUGCGCAUGUUUGGAAAAUAUGCAAAAUUUCGGGAAUAUUUUUGAGCACACGCUCCAAACCUAACCCUAAACCACUUCUCAACAACAUAAAUAAGCAGCAGGCAGGCAAAUAAAAGUGGACACGCGUGUAUUAUUUGCAAAAAUAACCAUAUAAAAGUGCUACGAACAAGUCACGUCGCAUUCAAAGCCCUGUGAAGCGGUGUCUUUUUGUGAAAAGCUUGUGCAGUUAUAGUCAAUGCUCAACUGCUACCAUUUUGACGUCAUCUACAAUCUCCAAAUGGUUAAUAAACAUUCAAAAAUAGAAAAGAAAGACGCUGGAAGUGUAUAAAAUGCACAAACAAUGAAAAAGGUUCCUAUUCCUCCCCAUAUUUAUGUCCAGGAUUGUUCUACAGGACAGUAAGUACACCCUCACCUUCACUUCUUUCCUAUAGGUCGAAUACAUUUAUGUGUACUAUUAUUUACACAACGGAUGACAUGACAACCAACGACUACACUUAAACUAGUAAGAAAGUAUUAUACGCAAAGAAAACACACAAUACAUUGUUACGUAGAAUCACUGUUAUGGUGGCAGGUCAUUGUGAACGAUGAUAAUAUAAAUCGCGGUCACAUUUAUCGUCAUUCCUUUUUAUAUAUAUAUAUAUAUGCUGCACUGUUUUGUAAAACAUUUCUGGAUGGAAUCAAAUUUUACAUGUGAAGCUGUAAAUAAAGCACAACAUGUCAUACAAUGA